AAAACAAAUCAAACACACUGUCAUUUGUUUGGUCGUCUUCUUCCGCUGUUAAUGCUCGGAGCUCUGUAUUGGCCGAAGCCAUGUCGACCAUUAGUAUAGAGCCUCUAUUCCACCGCUGUCGCAUGCGAAACUCCAGCUGCCUUCCCGGAUCAAACCGAUCCCACCCUUCCUCCUCUUCUUUCUAUUCCCACCCCAACAAGCUCUUCUCCUCCCAUGGCCGACGAAGCUUCUUCUGCAACUUCAAGCCUCCGAGACCUCUUCUUCUUAGAGCCAGCUCCACCGAUACAGCCAUCCUUGAAAACUCUACAUCGUCUGAUGUAUUGUUUAAUAAGACUUUCCCUUUGAAGCAAACUACAUUGGAAGAGGGAAAGAUCUUCAUCAGAUUAGAUCGUGGGAAGAAGGAACAUCAUUGGCAGCUUGCUGUAGGUUGUGAUAUUCCUGGCAAUUGGAUUCUUCACUGGGGUGUUUCUUAUAUUGACGAUGUGGGCAACGACUGGGAUCAACCUCCCAAAGGAAUGAUACCCUCUGGAUCAGUUCGCAUUAAGGAUUAUGCAGUAGAGACACCGUUGAAGAAGUCAUCUUCAUCUUCGGCAGGUGAUCCUUUUCAAGAAGUCAAGAUUGAUUUUGAUCCCAAGAGUGCAAUAGCAGCAAUAAAUUUUGUCCUAAAGGAUGAAGAAACAGGCUCUUGGUAUCAGCACAGAGGGAGAGAUUUUAAAGUUCCUCUUGUGGACUACCUGCAGGAGGAUGGCAAUAUGGUUGGACGGAAAAAGGGCAACAGUAUAUGGCCAGGAGCAUUGGGACAGCUAUCAAGCAUAUUCAUUAAAAAAGAAUCGUUGGAUUCUAAAGAUGAAGAUAGCAACACGAAAUCCAGUGUUCCUGUCAAAGAAAAAAAGACCCUAGAAGGAUUCUAUGAAGAAAUUCCCAUUGCUAAGAAGGUGGAUGUUCAUAACUCAAUUACUGUUUCUGUUAGGAAGUGUCCUGAUACAGCAAAAAUCCUGUUACACAUGGAAACAAAUACACUUGGAACUGUUGUUGUUCACUGGGGAGUUUGUAGAGAUGAUGCCAAAAACUGGGAACUUCCGGCUUCACCAUAUCCACCUGAUACUGUCAUUUUUAAGGACAGGGCUUUAAGGACACUGUUACAGCCAAAAGAAGGUGGAAAUGGAUCUCAAGGAUUAUUUACUUUGGAAGAAGGUCCUCAAGGAUUUCUUUUUGUUCUUAAGCAAUGUGAAAAUACUUGGUUAAAAUAUAUGGGAAAUGAUUUUUACAUUCCCCUUUCAAGCUCAAGUAUCUCUUCUGCUCUUCCCUCAUCGGGUCAGUCUGCAGGGCAAGAGACACCUGGAAAAUCUGUAGGGCAAAGUGAAAGUUCUCUUUCUGCAUAUACCAAUGGAAUAAUCAGUGAAAUACGGAGCUUGGUAAGUGACAUUUCCUCUGAGAAGAGUUUGAAGACGAAGACCAAAGAAGCACAAGAAAGUAUUCUUCAAGAAAUUGAAAAGUUGGCUGCUGAAGCAUAUGGUAUCUUUAGAAGCUCCGUUGCAGCUCCUCCAGAGGAAGCUAUUUCAGAAACCGAGGAAUUAGAACCUCCCGUCAAAAUAUCAUCAGGGACAGGCACAGGUUAUGAAAUAGUAUGCCAAGGAUUUAAUUGGGAAUCCAAUAAAUCUGGAAAAUGGUACAUGGAGCUCAAAGAAAAAGCUGAAGAAUUAUCUUCGCUUGGUUUUACUGUGAUUUGGUUACCUCCGCCUACAGAAUCUGUAUCACCUGAAGGGUACAUGCCAAAAGAUUUAUACAAUCUAAAUUCCAGAUAUGGAACCAUGGAUGAGCUGAAGGAGAUUGUGAAUAAAUUCCAUGAAGUUGGUAUGAAAGUUCUUGGAGAUGCUGUCUUAAAUCAUCGGUGUGCACACUAUCAGAAUCAAAAUGGUGUUUGGAACAUUUUUGGUGGUCGUUUAAAUUGGGAUGACCGCGCAGUUGUCGCUGAUGACCCACAUUUUCAGGGUAGGGGCAACAAGAGUAGUGGAGAUAAUUUUCAUGCUGCUCCAAAUAUUGACCAUUCACAAGAUUUUGUGAGGAAAGAUAUCAAGGAAUGGUUGUGCUGGCUAAGGAAAGAAAUUGGCUAUGAUGGAUGGAGACUUGAUUUUGUUAGAGGAUUCUGGGGUGGUUAUGUUAAGGACUACUUAGAUGCUAGUGAGCCCUACUUUGCUGUAGGUGAGUACUGGGAUUCACUUAGUUACACAUAUGGAGAGAUGGAUCACAACCAAGAUGCACAUAGGCAGAGAAUUAUUGACUGGAUCAAUGCUACAAGCGGAACUGCUGGUGCAUUCGAUGUCACAACAAAAGGAAUUCUUCAUGCGGCACUGGAAAGAUGCGAGUAUUGGCGAUUAUCAGAUCAGAAGGGGAAGCCUCCUGGGGUUGUUGGAUGGUGGCCUUCCCGUGCAAUCACUUUCAUAGAGAAUCAUGACACUGGUUCUACUCAGGGUCAUUGGAGGUUUCCUGGCGGAAAAGAAAUGCAAGGAUAUGCAUACAUUCUGACCCAUCCAGGCACUCCAUCAGUGUUUUAUGACCACAUUUUCUCCCACUGCCAAUCUGAAAUUGGAGGUCUAAUCUCUGUUAGAAAUCGGAACAAAAUCAACUGUCGUAGUACAAUUAAAAUUACAAAAGCAGAAAGAGAUGUUUAUGCAGCCAUCAUCGAUGAAAAAGUUGCAAUGAAGAUUGGACAAGGUCAUUACGAACCCCACAGUGGAUCUCAAAAGUGGUCUGUGGCUAUGGAGGGAAGAGACUACAAGGUCUGGGAAGCAUCCAGCUAAAUUUUCGAGGUGGGAUGUUUUGUAUAUUCAAUUAUGUGAAGUUUGAUUAAAUGAGGCGUCUAGAUAGUAGUUUUUCCUAAAUUAUAUCUAGAAGAAUAGAGGAAACAAUAAACUACUUGUGAAUUGUGACGGUGGUUCUGCCAUGUUUUUCGUGACGUUGAAGAAGUUCUAGAGACUUGUUCUUUUGGGACCAAGUACAACACUUGCUGUGUCAGCUAAUGUGGUGGGGGUGAUCAGUGAUGUAUAAAUGCCACCAAUAUAGAUUCUAAAUUCUUAUAUCAUUGGUAAUAAAAGAGAUACUUUCUAUCA